AUGUUCAACACGACAAAAUCGCUUUCCUCCCUGAAGGGCGUAUUCCCUUCCAUUCACCAACCUCUACCUCUUUCUCGUACCGAAUCUCAGAAGCUCCUCAAUGCACUCAAGACGUCCUUUCGAUCGAAUCUCGAUCGCGAACAUGGCUGGGGUCCCGAUGAACCCACGUCGUCGCCCAACAAAUUAUCUAGUCCAACAGUAUCUGAGCAGUCCGGCAUUCAUCAACAUCACAGACCCACCGACCAACAUCUCCGCGCCAUCCUCUCGAAUCCGCUGUUCAAAAAGGGCAUCCGCACAACCCCCCGCGCAGACGCAUUACAAAAGGAUCCGAUGGAAAUCUUUGACAAGGCUGUCGCGCGAGGCAUGAUGAAUCGGAAGGCGGCAACAGGGUGCCUUAUGGCCAAGCAUCACCAGGUUCUUCAGUCAAGUCCAUUGUCCAUACAAGGUGCCAUUAUGGAAUCGGCAGCUGGUCUACGAGUUCUUGAUUGGUUACGGUCUUCCGGCGAGGAGCGAGAUGGUGCGUUUCUGGGGGACGCGAGUUUCCUCAAGGCUCUCAUGCGAUUCCUCGUUGCGGAAGGUCACGAGGCCGUUGUGUGGGCAUGGGCAGAUCGCUUGGCGAGGCAGGACGGACCGUCAAUACCAGAGGACCCUCGCGGCACACACCUCAGUUUCAUUCUAACAAGUCUCAUCAAGACAAAGGCCAACGGCUCCGAUGACAGGAAUCUGAACAGUGCUUAUGCGACCAUCCUGAGGGUCAACGACAGGUGGAAAUCGGACAAGAACUUGCCGCAGCUUCUAAGCCAUGCUUGGCGGUCACUCUCUUGGUACUCAACAGUCGAAGCCUGGAACAGGCCACGGCCUUCCGAAGCACUAUUCGACAACUACGUUGCCCUUGAACCGGCACUACCCCAUCCGAUGUCCAUCGAUCGUGCGCAUCUCGACCUACAUCACCCCACUCACCCAAGCUUUGAGCGCGCACUACACUUCUUCAAAACGGACAAGCUUGUUGUGCCGCCUCAACCGAGCAUUGUAGGAGCGAAACGGGCUCCAAACGUUCAGCGAUUUGUUGCGCGCAUAACAUCAAUGGGCAUGGAUACGGCGAAGCAUUUAACUGAAAUUGGGCGCACUGACGAUGCUCAAUGGGUGUUGCAGCUUCUCAAAUCGAAGCUCUCCGACGAGGCAAUGGAUUAUGAGCGGUGGCGGGUUGUAUGA